CCCGUUACUAUACAUUGAUCACGGAUCUACUACUCCACCACGGCGUGGACAUCGUUACCGUUACUGGGACGACAGGAAUCGGGACAACGGCUUUCUACGGCUAUUUCUUCUCGCGCUAUACCCAAGAGCACCCGAUGCAACUAUCAUACCGCAUCAUUCACAGAUGACGCCCAUUUGCAAGAAUCUAUGGUGUUUUCUGAGGGUCAUUGCAGUAAAAAAAUACGGAGGAUACGAUAUGUUAAUGCACUUCGAGCGACGGGCUGCUGACCGUGGAGUUGAAGUCACUUACUUGUUUGAUAUCCCGCCACCGUUCCCACCUUCUCGAGCGAAGAUGGUGUGCUUCACAUGCCCUAAUCAGUCGUGGUUCAGAAAGAUUUGCAAAUGUUUUAACAAGCGCAUAAUUUACAUGUCGUUGUGGGACCUGGACGAGCUGAAAACGGCAGUAAAACUCCUUCAUCUCGACUCGGGUGAUCCACCUGUGACACUAGAGACGACUGAAGAGCGCUUUCCCAAGUUUGGUGGCGUGGCACGCGAGUGUCUUUCUUCCAACGAAAAAUUUGUGCGCAGGAGACUGGGAUAUCUUCGUGGAGAUAUCGUGGAUGAUGAUAUUCACACAUAAGUGCAGUAUAGUAUGGGGUAUUCACAGAAAUGAAAGCAUGUGCCAUUACGAACCAGGACAAGAGAAACCAUGGCGCUACACUGUUCGUAUUGCGCCAAAAUUUGUUUCCC